GGGAUCUGCUUUUGCGUGGUCGUUUCUUAGAGUCUGUUUCCAAAAAUUCAACAUUAUUUAGUAUUCAGAAACUUGAGUUCCAUCUUCUAUAAGCAUUUAUGUAAUCUGCAAGAAACUUGAGGAAAUACAAACAGAAUGAAAGAGAUGUACAAGAUUAUCAUUCACUUCAACUACCAAAAAGGAUAUUACGAUUAUGUGUUUUUCUCCAUCCCAAUUCCAGAAUUCAGUAGCCUGCCAACAACUAAUAUUGCAGUACUACAGCGUGUAUAUACUGUUUGUGUCGUUCCUAUUUUCACAUGGAAUGACAAUGACGUAGAAACGAACGAACAAGCUUCAGUGAAUAAUCACAGCACUCAAUUAGAACCAUUACCUGAUUUAAAUGAAUCUGAAACAUUAGAUUAUUUGUCAGUUCUUGCAGAUAUUGCUGAAAGUGAAAACAGUUCACUUUGUAUAUAUGAGGACCAUCCUAAUAUGAACCAGUCAUUGAGUUCUGCAUCUUUCAAUAAUUUUGAAAGAAAUCGACAAAUUGCUCCGUUCUCAUUUUCACAUGACGAAGCAGAUUAUGUCGACUUGCGUUCUUCCUCAAGAGAAAGAUCUUGCAAUAGUCAGAUUUCUCGGAGCUCUCACUAUGAUCGGAAUUUAAGAACGUCAUCUUCAGAUGAAGCUGUAAGCAAUCCAUUAUCUUCAACUGCAUCAGCCCCUAUUAGCAUUGCCAGUGCUCAUAGUUUCGCCGAUGUGUCAGAACAAGACUUCGUUCAACGUCAUUUGCCAGAACAUACUGAUGAACAUCCUAGAACAUCUUCGAGUAAUGUUAGUAACGUCUUUCCAACUCAAAGUAGACUGCUUGGAACAUCCGAUUUUGUUGACCAAAGUGUCUUCAAUCCUACUAAUACUUCAGGAGCUACAGUACAAACGGAAUCAAAUCAUACAACCAGAAUUGAAAGGAGAAAUUUGGUAAAUUCGAGAAUUGACUGUAUUGAAAAUAUUGAUGAUUGUACCACAACUGGAAUUUCGAAUGUUGGUGAUAACGAACACGUGGAUGAUGCUGAUUUAUUUCCAACUGCAGUACAAAGCAAUCAUAAUGAUGUAGACGUAAUAAAUUGGGAGAACCAAUUGAGAAUACACAACAUACGACAACGUUAUCUUUCAAAUAUGCAUUCCCCGGAAAUUAGAAACAACGCGUUUAGUCAUCUUAAUUGGCACAACACACGUCCACCUGAGGAAAUUACAGAAAGUCAGAUGUUUCCUCUUGAAAACGAACAAAAUGUGUACACUGCCAGAAAUGAUAUAAUUUCACGUCUGAUUGAGAAAGGGUUUACACCAGAAAGAGUAGAAAAUGCAUUUCAACAUUUCAUCUCAACAAGAAGACACAACUUUUCGUUUGAGGAUUUGCAUGAAUUUCUGCGUAAUGAGAUGAAAUAAGAAGA